UUUACACCUCUACAUAUUUCCCCUUGGUAGCAGUAGAUGCUGCAGGGAGGCAAACACUCCAGUUGCUAGGUUACCUCAGCUUCUUGAGGGACCUUGAGUACACCUGUGUUUUAUCACACACGCACACAAAUGACACACAGGCAACGUUCAAUCAGCUAGCUAUUGUUUCAGCAAAAAUACAUACAGACAUACAGUUUGCUUUUUUUAUUUAAAUUUUAUAGUGCAACAAGUAGUCAGUUUCCCUUGGGUGACGGUGAUUGUGGUGUCAUUUGUUACUGUUUUGUUUAGUGCACCCAUUAACUUAAUUUAUCAAGGAACAAACGUCAUAUGUGAUGCUGCUUCUGCUACACGGUGUAAUAUAUAAUAUUUGUGAUUUUCUUGCAGUGGGUAUCUACAGUAUUUGGUUCUAUGACAAGAGGGACUGUCAACGCAUCGCUCAGCUGAUGGUCAAGAUUGUGAAACAAGAAGCAGACCAUGCCCAGAGAGAGUCACCAGAGAGGGCAGAGCCGCGGAGGACCAAUGGUGUCGCAGAACCACGGCCCAUCGACAUCCUGGAACUGCUCAGCAAAGCCAAGGAGGAAUACCAAAAGGCUCAGACAGGUGAAACAGAGGUGUCUGCAGAGCUUAAUAUGAAAGCAGCGAUCAGCGCCACAGAGCACGUGCACGUGCACAGCACACCAAAACCUGAAAAGCAGAGUUCUCAUACAAUGGUGAAGCAGAUCACAGUUGAGGAACUCUUUGGCUCGUCCCUCCCUAAGGACCCCUCUCUACCCACCAUGCCCAAACAGAACACCACUACUGCAUCCAGUGACCCCUCCACUGUUUUCCUCCAGAAACAGGCUUUUCCCACUCCAGCCCACCAAAACCCUCUCCUCCCUCCCCAUCUCACAGCCCAAGACCCUGGGUCAAACCAGCGACAUCAAGCCCCUGGCCUGCUCCCAGCUCCAUACACGCUACACCCCAGCCCUGUUUUCCAAUCAGUGGUCUCCAGGUCAGACCCUCAACCUCUGUGCUCGGUCUCCCCUCUCAUGGUGCCUCCUGCUGGCUCAGAGCCCCGUGCCGCUCCCCCUGGUCCUACAACACCGUCAGCAGCUGCUACGGCCUAUUUAGGACAGGAGAUACUCGGCACGCUCAAACCGUCAGUGUCAUCUGUGGGUUCGGACAUCCACAAACCUAUCCUCGCACCCAACUUCCUGCCAAGCACGCUGUUCCCACCCCACAGCUUCCAAGAGCCCAUGGGGAAACCCCUUCUCCAGCACAGCAAAGAGAUAGAUGUUUUCUCUCAACCUCCAAACCUGAUCAAACCAAUGUCUGCUGUCCCCAUGAGUCCAGGCCUUAAUGUUCCAGGGCCAGAAAUGUCUGUGCUUCUCUCCCCCAGCGCCUUCCAGCAGUCAAUCAAUAAGACAACAGCAGCCGCAUCAGUGGUCCCUCCUUCCCCCUCCGAGCCCCCCUCCACCUCUGUAGGAGCCAUAGAGUCUCCACAGGCGCCCUGCAGCAAAACACAACUACAGGAGACUCUGAUACACCUCAUUAAGAACGACCCAGACUUCCUUGGUGCCAUUCACGACGCUUACCUGCAGAGUCUGUCCAAGGACUUUAGCAACAUGAAGCUAUAGUCUACUUCAACCACCGCUGUUACUUUCCGUGCUACGACCCCUUUGUGACCUGUGAAGAAUCCAGAAGUUAUUGGGAGUUAAAAGAAGUGCAGAUAACAGGUUUAUGACACUUCACUGUACACCACAACUCUUCAGAACUAGUCUGUGUCCUGAGGGUUACUAUUAGCAUGCACCACACCAUUUAUCCCUUUGAUCCUGACUAACUUUUUGAGUUCUCGUCUGAACACUGAUGCUGUCCUGGCUCCCCGCGUUAUUGUGGAUCGUCUUUUUGUCCACUUAUAUUGAACCAGAACUACUGUGGGACAGAAUAUAAAAAUUCCCAGCGUGGCCUUGGGUUGUCGUUUUUACUUUAUAAAUAUGAUAAAACUGUCGGCCAUGUUCUGGUAAAGUUUAGCGGUUGCUGGUUUAAUUCAUUUGAGGACGGGACCACAAUGUGGAGCUUCUGUGACCUCAGAUCUUUUCUCUUUUGACCUUGGGACAGAGAAUCUUGCAGCUUGAACAUUGUGGAAAUCACAGAUGCUGCUUCUCUUAAUCACCUCACGUCUUUGGAGAUCUCGCAGUGCGAGGCUACGGGGACUGUGAUUACACUGACACUCCAACUGCUUAUUAAGAGAAAGACUGCUGUGCUGGGGACUUCAGGACUGUUGUAGCAGACAAACUGUCCCACUGUGUGGUGUUUAAAAAGGACUACUAAUUUUUCUUUCUUUACGUAUUAAACCUUCCCCCUCAAAGUAAUGCUGAGGUCUGUAUAUUUUUGGUAACAUCAGAGACUCCGAAUAGCCGUUACAGUCUUUGUGGCAUUUUGUGUUUGUCAGUGUCGGGACCGGACUGUUGAGAAACGUUUUUAACCCUUGUCCCAGGAAGAUCAAUAACUUCAGUUAUUGUUUGGAGAAGCACUUGCAGCUCAGAGCUCAGACUAAGAAUCACUUCCUCUCGGCUGCUUUUUUAAUGUUAUGUUAGAGACUGUGACGUGUUCAGAAAGACACAGACGAACGCACAAACCAGCUUCUUUGCAACCUUUCCUUUCUCCACAUUUAUCUUAUCCUUGCUCUUUCUCUCUCUUUGUCCUUCUCCUCGUCUGUGUUGUUCAUCUCUCCUCCACCAGCUGAGCUCGCAGUACUUUAUGUUCUGGGAGGGGAACGUGCAAUAGAUAACAGUCGCAAUGCCUUUAGGGAUGCCAGCAUUUUGGUGUAUUUUAGGAUGGUACAGUAGAGCUAAGUUUAUCUGAACCUCUGGGUUCUGGUUCUGCAGCUGAGCGAUAAUUAAAAUAUAAAAACACAAAAUUCUUCAUUUUGGAUUAUUGUUUACAUUCAUUCCUUUUUAAAAUUAAAUUGCUCAGAAAAUAGGGGGGACUGAUCAUUGAUAAUUCGUUUUAUAGCUUCAGUAUGUUUCAAACCAGUGGAGUUUAUACCAGUAAUCCAAAUUAAUGGUGAAAAAUAUAAACUACCUCCAUUCCUGUCAUUUUGCAGUAAAAGGCUACUGCAGCACAGAAUGGUCAACCCUGCAGACUGCAGCGGUAACGGGAAGAAGCACAUCAGUUUCUUCCUCGUGUGCAACGUUGAGUGGCUGUUGUGUGCCGUUCAUGAACAAAGAAAACAAAUCUUAUGUACAUCAGAAAAUCAGCUUUCAAAUAUUAAAGAGGUUAAUUAUGUGGCAUGUGUGCAUUUUUAAAUACACACAGCAGGUCGCUCACAGGUCUCAUUAUCCUGUUGUCACAAAAUGUUCAGCCAUAUAUAAGAUCAUUGAAACAGUCUAGAAAUAAUGUAAAAGCAUGAAGAUUUCAGUUGUGAGGUACAGUGAUGUUUGACGUCAGCAGUCGGUUCAUUAAUGAUCGGGCUCCUUUUUCACAUGUUAGCGUUAGGAUGUCUGUUCUACAGUUCUCUAAGCAAUCAGUAUACCAAGUCAUUCCAGAUGGAAAUAGAUGUUGGAAGAGGACGUUUUUUUUAAUUUUUGCAAACAACAUGAAUGAAAAAAAAUAAUGUAAUCAACCAUUGGAAACAACUUAAGGAGUGAUAUGAAUUUCUGCAUAAAUACCCGUCUUGAUUGUGAUACCACGACGUUGCAUUUGGCUCUGUUUGAAUGUAUUUGACGUUAACUCGCAGUGUGUGCCUGUCUUGUUUUCUUCUGUGUCCUGUAUAUUUAAGUUGAACUCAGAUCCACAUUCUUUCAGAACCAGCUGUUAACCAUGUUUUUCUUUUGCCAAAAUUUAAAUUUAUAAUGAAGAAAGGACACGUCUGCAGCCAGAGAGUAAAUCAAACAAUUUGUACAUUGCUUUGCCCUGUUCUAAUCUUUCAUUUCAGAGGUCAUCUUGCCAACAUUUCUGGCAUGUGUUGGUUAAAUAAACACACACAGGAAGAAUGAUUGAAUAUUUUUAAUGCCGGUCACAUAUUUAAAAUUUUAAGGUUUUAUUUUACACUUUUGGGAUAAUUUAUCUUAUUGGCCAGAGAUAUGAUUUUAGGGAAGUCUUUGCAAAUUACAUUAAUUUUCUAAGAUUGUUGUCACUGUGCAUAAUUUGGUUUAUCAUGACUAUUUUGUGAUAUUAAAGAUUUGAAAAUA